AUGAAUUUGGUUGGGUUUGUACAUGAUAUGGACAAUUAUGGUGAUAUUAUAGAUUGUGUUUUGUCUCAUCAACAACCAGCUUUUGACCAUCCUCAGUUGAAGGGACGAAAGCCAUUGGAUCCACCAGAUAGGCCAAAAGCUCAUAAAGAUAAUCCUAAUAGUAUGGACUCAAAAAAUUAUCAGUCAUGGAGCUUGUCAGGCAAAUCAUGUCCAGAAGGAACUAUUCCAAUAAGAAGAACAACCGAGCAUGAUAUGCUAAGAGCUAGCUCUGUUCGAAGAUUUGGAAAGAAACUUAAAAUACAUGUUAGAAGAGAUUCAGGCAGCAAUGGCCACGAGAUUAUUUGGUUUGGGCAACAUGCAGUUGGGUAUGUGAGUGGAGAGCAGUAUUAUGGGGCAAAAGCCAACAUAAAUGUGUGGGCACCUCGAGUUUCAAAUCAAUACGAAUUUCGCUUGUCACAAUUGUGGGUCAUUUCUGGUUCAUUUGGUGAUGACCUCAAUACCAUCGAAGCUGGUUGGCAGGUUAGCCCGGAGCUGUACGAGGACAACUAUCCUAGAUUCUUUACUUACUAA